AUGACGCAGCCCAAGGUGAACGAGACGCUGCUGGACGGACAGAAGCCCUUCGCGGAAUGCGAGUUCGGUCUGGAUCGCCGCCUCACCAAGGCGGUAGCUAAGAUGCGCUUUGUGCAUGCCACAUUGGUGCAGGUGCACUGCAUCCCGCUGGCACUGCAGGGCAAGGACUUGCUGGUGCGCGCUCGCACGGGUUCCGGUAAGACGGCGGCUUUCGCAUUGCCGUUGCUGCACAAGAUUCUUCAGCACAAGCAGGAUACACCCGCCAGUGAGCCGGCUGUACGCGCACUGGUGCUGGUGCCUACCAAGGAGCUGGUGGAGCAGACCCGCCGCCACAUGAUGGACCUCAUGUACUACUGCCAGGACACAGUGAGUCUGCUGGCACUAGGCGGCCAGAGUAUGAACGCACAGCAGGCGCUGCUGCGUGACGCGCCUGACGUCCUGGUGGCCACACCUGGUCGUCUUGUGGCUCAUCUGGAAGCUGGCAACCUCACACUCAAGGACUCUGUGCAGACCGUCGUCAUUGAUGAAGCCGAUCUAGUGCUAUCAUUCGGAUACGGCGAAGACAUUCGCACUAUUUUCAAUGCGCUGCCCAAGGCGUGUCAGACGUUCUGUAUGUCUGCUACGCUUAGUCCUGAAUUGGAGAAGCUGAAGCGCUCCGUCCUGCACAACCCGGCGGUCGUCAAGCUCGAGGAGGGAGCAACAGACGGAAAACUCCAACAGUUCUACUUGCCAGUCAAGGCGUCGGACAAGGACCUGCUGCUGUAUGCUCUACUGCGACUUGGCGUCGUGAGCGGCAAGGUCAUCUUCUUCGUCAACUCGACAGAUGCGGCCUACCGCCUGAAGCUAUUCUUUGAGCAAUUCGUGAUCAAGAGCGCAGUUCUGAAUGCCAAACUACCGCACAACUCCCGACAGCACAUUAUUGAGGAGUUCAACCGAGGUCUCUUCGACUACCUCAUCGCUACGGACGACAGCGUAGACCGCGACGAACAGGAAACGAAAGCUGUGGGCUCUAAGCGUGGACGUGCUGACGAUGAGAGCUACGGUGUAUCUCGCGGUGUUGACUUCCGCGGUGUGCAGUUUGUUAUUAAUGUGGACUUCCCCAAGAGUGUCCGUGCGUACACACACCGCAUCGGACGUACUGCGCGUGGUGGAGCCUCCGGUACAGCUCUGUCUCUCGUGUCCAAGGAAGAUGCCAAGGAGGAGCGUGCGCUGAAGCGUGUGCAGGCCAAGCAGCAGGCUGUGCUCUCCGAGACGAAUGAUGUUAUUGCUCAGCCUGCUGAACUAGCUUUCGAUCUCAAGGAAAUCGAUUGCUUCCGCUACCGUGUCGAGGAUGUUCGUCGCGCGGUCACGCGUGUGGCUGUGCGUGAGGCUCAAUUGGCUGAUGUCAAGAAGGAGAUGCUGAACUCGGAUCGUCUGGCGGCACAUUUCCAAGCGAAUCCGCGUGAUCUCAACAUGCUGGAGCACGACAAGGUGGUGGGCUCUGCGCCAGUACAGCCCCAUUUGGCGACAAUCCCGGACUAUCUUGUGCCUACCGAGCUGCAGCCGCCGGCACCAGGACGCACCAAGAAGAAACUGAACAAACACAACAAGCGACAGCGUCUCGCUGACGGCAAGAGACGUACGGACAAUGACCCGCUGCACACGUUCGUGGCUCCUGAUGCUGAUGACAAGAAACAGACUGUAGAAGACCGUAUCAGCUACGGCAACAGCGGCGUGGGUAAGAGUACUGCUGGUCGUCAGAAGUGGAAGAAACAGCACCGUAAGGGCCACUUCAACCCCAAGACUAUUGCCAAGAAGAAGUACAAGAUGCGCAUGGGUGCCACUCAUUAA